AUGGGUCAGCAAUGUGUUACUAAUAUAAAAUAUCACAACUUCAGACAAUCUCUUUUCAAUGAUCAAAACCGUAAAAUCCUCGAGGAUUGUUACAAUGGCAUAGUCCAACCAGGUGCUGCGCCUCCAUCAGUAGCCACACUGAGACUGCACAUUAAUGGUGUACAAUUUGAUGUGAAUAAUCCAGACCCUCACACUAGCCUCAAUGAAUUCAUACGUAAUCAGCAAGGCUUUAAGGGCACUAAGGUGAUGUGCAAUGAAGGUGGAUGUGGCUGCUGUGUUGUUGCRYUGACAAGAAUUGAUCCAUUAACAGGAAGAGAAAUCACUCUAUCAGUCAACUCUUGCCUUUUUCCUCUGUAUGCUGCCAAUGGAUGUGAAGUUACAACUGCUGAAGGAAUUGGAAAUCUCCUAAAAGAAAAUUCAAAACCCACCAAACAGGAGAUUGAAGACAGUUUUGAUGGAAACAUUUGUCGCUGUACAGGUUAUCGUCCUAUUCUUGAUGCUAUGAAGACUUUUGCUGCUGAUGCUCAACCAAUAGACAUUGAGGAGCUAAGCAAAUGUGUCGGCAAAUGUGAUGACUGCAAGUGCAAACGACAAAGAWCKGURCCAGAAAACACAUCUGGUGUUGAGUGGUACUCACCAACUUCACUUGCUCAACUGUAUGCCAUCCUGGAAAAACACAGGCAGGACAAUGUCAAACUCAUUGCUGGAAACACUGGAAAAGGUGUUUAUAAGAUAGAAGGUCCAUUCCAAGCCAUGGUUGACAUCAAUGCUGUGCAGGAAUUACAUUGCUCAACGGAAGUCAGCAGUCAUCUUCUUGUGGGUGGAAGUGUAUCCCUAAACUCAUUCAUCAAACUUUGUGAAACAAAAUCCAGCAAAUCUUCAUCGUUUGGUCCCUUUGCAAGACAUCUCAGAGUGGUUGCCAAUAAUCAUGUAAGAAAUGUUGGUUCUCUUGCUGGCAAUCUCAUGCUUGCACAUGCACACAAGGACUUUCCAUCAGACUUAAUGACGAUCUUUGAAGCUACUGGAGCAUCGUUGUUAAUUGGCCUACAUCGGAGCACUUGGUGAUCAUGCACCUGAUAGGCUGAAGUCUGCAGCAAGGUCGAUUCUCCAAGAAAGAGCUGUUUCAAGCGGUAUUCAGAACUAUGAGUCCAAGCCCGAUAGGUACCCAAUCAGCAAUCCAAUGACAAAGAUUGCUGCUAAACUCCAGGCCGCUGGAGAAGCUCAGUACGUCAAUGACAUACCGUCCAGUGAGGGGGAGGUGUAUGGAGCUUUUGUCCUUAGCACUAAGGGAAACUGCAAAAUUGACAAAGUGGAUCCAUCAGAGGCGCUAGCAAUUCCUGGUGUGAUAAGUUACUUUGAUGCAAAUGACAUCCCAAAGGGUGGAAUCAAUGAACUUAAGUUUUUCAACUUUCCCGGACCUGCUGAGGGCGUGUUCUGUCAAGGUGAUGUCUUGUUUGUUGGCCACGUGAUUGGUAUGGUAGUGGCUGAUACUCAACGACUUGCAGACGAGGCUGCCAAGUUGGUCAAAAUAACAUACAAGGAUUGCAAGCCUCUGAUUUUGACAUUUGAGCAGGCUAUCGAAUCCAAAUCAUUCUGUCCACCGUUGUCUCCUCCAUGGUCUUUAAUGAUGGCUGACAUCAAUGUUGGCGAUGCUGAAGGUGCAAUGACGUCAUCGAGUCACGUGAUCACUGGGGAGGUGAAGUGCGGUGCUCAGCAUCAUUUCCAUAUGGAAACACAGGUGUGUUUGAGUGUACCAAAGGAAGACGGACUUACUCUCUACAGCUCUACUCAAGGAAUUACUUUUGUCCAAAAAGGCGUCAGUGAUUUUUUAAACGUCAAAGCGACCAGUGUGGAUGUGAUUGUCCAGAGAUGUGGUGGUGGUUUUGGCGGAAAGGCAUUAAGAUCGGUUCAAGUAGCUUGUGCAAGUGCAUUGGCCGCUAAGAUACUAGACCGACCUGUGAAGAUGAAAGUGAAUUUUAAUACCAACAUGGCUAACCAGGGUGGAAGGUCACCACAUAUGGCGAAGUACAAGGCUGCAGUGAAUGACGAGGGAAUCCUACAAGGUCUGGAGAUGGACUACUACGUCGACACUGGCUGUACAGGAGAAGAUAACGAUCUUUUGGGCGCCGUAGACCACCUUGAUAAUUUGUACUACUGUCCAAACUGGAAAGUUAACUUYCACACCUUGCUGACUAGCAAAUCCUGUACAACGUUCUGCAGGGCACCAGGCUCUGUACAAGCUGUUUUUAUUAUGGAAUCUAUCAUGGAUCAUGUGGCCAAAGCACUCAACAAAUCUCCAGAAGAAAUCAGAGAAAAGAACUUGUAUGAGGAAGGUCAGAAUACUCCAGGUGGUCACCCGAUUCCAUACUGCAGCAUCCGAAAACUGUGGAAAGACAUCACCGAGACAUCAGAGGUCAAAAAGAGACAGCAAGAAAUUGCGGAGUUCAAUAAGGCCAAUCGUUGGAGGAAACGUGGAUUGGUUCUUGUUCCUGGUAAAUUCAAAAUCGAGGGAUCGAAUUACCAAUUUACGGUWUUCGUGUCGAUCUUCAGCGCUGAUGGAACUGUUGCCAUCCAACAUGGCGGAGUAGAGAUGGGACAAGGAAUUAAUGUAAAGGUUGCUCAAGCUGCUGCCUAUGUACUUGGCGUUCCCAUGGAGAUGAUCAUUGUGAAGCCAAACCACACCGUUUUUUCACCUAACAGUAUGGUUACUGGACGUAGUAUUGUGAGUGAGACMUGUGUCGAAGGUGUWAUGGAGUGCUGCAAGAUGCUGAACGAACGCAUCAAACCAGUCCGUGAAGCAAGUCCAGGCGUUUCCUGGAAACAGCUGAUAAUGAUGUGUGGUUUCCAGAAAGUCGAUCUGUCAGCCAAGUACAAUGCUCAUUGUUCGCCGAGGGGAAAAGGCUAUUCGUCUUAUGGAGUGACGUGCACCGAGGCUGAAGUAGACAUUUUGACCGGCGAGCGUCUAAUCUUGAGGUCUGACAUAUUGUUUGACUGCGGAGAAAGUUUGAACCCUGAGAUUGACGUUGGGCAAGUUGAAGGAGGCUUUGUAUUUGGCAUGGGUUAUUGGAUGUCCGAGAAAGAAUCAGCCAAAAACCUAUGCACCACUUCUUCUAAAAGGAUCUCUCUGAAUGUUGCAGCUUCUGGAGAACCUCCAUCUGUCAUGUCAUGCGCAUGUCUGUUUGCUGUGAAGCGUGCAGUGGAAGAGGCCAGGAAGGAAACUGGAAAUGAUGUCCAUUUCACUCUUGGUACGGUCUUGCCUAUCUGA